AUGCAAGCCUCUUCGUUGGGGAGUGCUAAUGAUCCUCGCUUUCGGCAGACGCAUUUGUUUCAAAUGGUUAUGAAGGUGCUGCAAACAUCGGCGGAGAAUGUGACCACCGCAAUUCCAACUGAAACAUCGUCAUCGACAUACUUUGACGAUUACACGACCACAAAAUUGUUUGGUGUCGAAGGCCGAAUGAUUCUCAUCAUCACCAUCGGAUUCAUUUCGGCAUUUCUGACUUCAGUUGGAAACUUGAUGGUGAUGGUCAGUUUCAAAAUCGACAAGCAGCUUCAAACAAUUAGCAAUUAUUUCUUAUUUAGUUUGGCGGUUGCGGACAUUGCAAUUGGCGUUAUAUCAAUUCCAAUGUUCACAUACUACACUGCCAUGCAGACAUGGGAUAUCGGAUACACAAUGUGCCAAUUUUGGCUGUGCAUCGACUAUCUGAUGAGCAACGCCUCGGUGCUCAAUCUGUUGCUCAUUUCAUUUGACAGAUACUUUUCAGUAACGAGACCGCUGUCGUAUAGGCCAAGGAGGACGACAAAAAAGGCGUUGACAAUGAUCGCUUGUACAUACAUAAUUUCGCUAAUUCUCUGGCCACCUUGGAUUAUUUCGUGGCCUUACAUCGAGGGUAAAUUCACCGCGGAGCCGGGAACUUGCGUCGUGCAGUUCCUCCAGACCAAUCCGUACGUCACCGUCGGCACCGCCGUCGCCGCCUUCUACCUGCCCGUUACCAUUAUGUGUAUUCUUUACACAAGAGUUUAUUGGGAGACUCAGAAGCGACAAAAAGAGUUUGGCAAACUGCAAGCAACUCAGAACUUCUCGGAUUACGGCGACGGAACGCCCAAGAGAAACUCAAAGUUUCUCCGAAAAAUGAAGAAGUUUUCAAGACGAUCAAUUAAACGGGACAUUUCCUCCACUUCAAUAUUAAAGUCGACGGGUUCUUUCCGCAAAAAGACGAACAACGAGAUUGGAGAUGAAAAUAAUACACCUGGUAGCUCAUCGAGAAACUCGAAAAGGAGAUCAUGGCUUCGCAAUUGUGCUGGCAAACUCAAUUCGUCAUCAGAAGAUAGCUCAGAGGCCGCUGUGAUGAACAUGGACGACACAUCAUUAUCAUCAUCGCAUUUUGUGUUAAGCGGAAGCCGACGAAAGAACAUCUCACCGCCGUGUACACCGCUUCCAGAGGACGAGGAAAAAACCGACGCCGGCGAGAGAAUGAGAAAUGGUUCGGCUCGAUUCCGCUCGCGUCCCGACCAGAAAAUGGAUCGACCUUCUGCUGAAACGUAUACGGUUCUAAUAGAGCUUAAUGAAGGGGAUAUUCGACCAAGUGUGCGUCUCAGCAAUUGCGAUUCUUUUUUAGAUGACAAACCUCAGCGGAAUCGAUCGAAGAGUGAUUGCAAUAGUGAACUUGAAGAAAGACGCCAGAGUUUGCUGAGCAAACAAUCGCCAUUGAAAAACGGGAGAAUUUUGAAGAAUUUCUCAUCGACAGAAAGAAAAAGCGAGAAAGAGCAAAGAAAGAAUGAAAGGAAACAGGAAAGUAAGGCGGCGAAGACGUUGUCGGCGAUUUUGUGCGCUUUCAUCGCCACGUGGACACCAUAUAACUUAAUCGUUUGCUGGGAAGCGUUUUUUCCAAAAACCGUGCCAGAGUUUCUGUGGACGUUCAGCUACUUUCUGUGCUACAUUAAUUCAACAAUCAAUCCUCUCUGCUACGCGUUGUGUAAUGCAAGAUUUCGUCAUACUUACAUGCGAAUUCUUCGGUGCAAAUUCAAAGCUGAACGUCCGACCAUCAAUCAAGACUACGUGCGACGGCGUAAUUGA